AUGGGAAAUGAACAAAGUACCAACAGUGAGCACAAUGCGGAAGACCUUUUCCGGCACAAUGUCCCAAUCAAGCUCCCAAUGGGAAAGAAUGGGGCACCGAUGCCGGAUAAAGAAGAGCUCGACGAGCGAUUUGCCAGUGUUAUGGCUAGCGUUAAUCUGAAUCCGGAGAACGCGCAGUUUCUCAUGGAGUAUGACGACAAAAAGAAGUGGAACUUGAUUCUUGAGCAUGAUGGGAUGAUUGUGAAAAAGUCGCCGCAAGUUUACACUGCCCGCCUGAAGUCGAUUGUGAACUCAACGAACAAGAAAGAAUUCAAGCGCAACGCUGCCGACACCGCAAAUCUUCUCAGAGAGCUGGAAAUCUCUCUGCGAACCAACCACGUCGGCUGGGUGAAAGAGUUCCUCAACGAAUACAAGGGGCUCGAUGCCCUUGUCGACUUCAUCAAAUUCGCGUGCUGGGGCUUUGUUGCUACCAGUAUUCAAAACUCCAACGCGAAUUUAGAAGAGGAAGACCAAGAAUUCGACGAUGAGCAAACUGACAAGGACGUCAAAAAUGUAAUCAAGCAGUUUGACACUCUCAGAAGAUCGACUCGUUUGCCCUCGAAAAGAACCAUCAAGAAUUCUGUAUUUCUCCUGGAUCGUGACGAAGUGCAUCUCUGUAUAUUAUGUUUCCGUGCUGUGCUGAGUUACAAGCAUGGAAUGACUGCUGUCUUCGCCCAUAAAACUGCCAUGAACCAAAUCUGCCUUGCCCUCAACACCAAUAACUUACGAACAAAGGCUCACAUUCUCGACAUGCUAGCUGGCCUGUGCCUCGUAGACGGCGGGCACGAAUACGUUCUCCGCGCUUUUGAUAAUUUCAAAGAAGUCAUGUCGGAGAAAGUCAGGUUUUCAAAGAUGAUGGGUUGGUUCAAAAAUCAUAAAGACGACGUCGAAUUCUUGCAUUCUUGUCUCCAAUUCAUCAAUCUCGUUAUUCACUCGGUCAAUGACAUGAACUUCCGAGUCCACCUUCAGUUCGAGUUCCAGCAACUUGGGCUAGAAAAAGUCCUGAAGCAGUUGAAAAAUACCGAUUCUGACAAGGUCAAAGAACAGCUCAAAGCGUUCGAGGAUAAUAUGAUGGAUGUGUCGAUUUUGGCUGAGGAUGCGAAUGCGAAACUACAGUCAGAACAGCAGGUUCAGAACUUAUACAACAGGGUGGACGAUCUUACCGCAGCGAUUCAAGAUAAUGAAUACGAAGCAAUGUCGAAAAUCUGCGAGCUCGAGAAGCAACUUGCCGGCCGACAGGAGGAGAUCGAAAAACUCAAAGGCGCGGGACGAGGAGUUUACGCUCUGCCGGGAGUUCACUACGCUGGCAAACCCGGAGAAGGACUCGGCGGUCUCGGUGGAGGAGGCCCCGGAGGACCUGGUGGAGGAUUCGGCCCCGGAGGAGGGGGAGGAGGAUUCGGCCCUGGCGGAGGAGGAGGACCUGGUGGUCCCGGAGGAGGCUUUGGCGGACCAGGAGGACCUGGAGGAGGAUUCGGCCCUGGAGGCGGAGGAGGACAAGCUGCUGCACAGGCACAAUAUGCUCAACAAGUUCAAGCUGCACAGGCGCAAGGAUUGCCCCCACCACCGCCACCUCCUGGAUUGGGCUUGCCGCCUGGGGCAAAGCCGAAGAUGCCGGAAAUGCCGGGCGAUGAUAAAGAAGAUACAUUCAAGGUCAAAACGGCGAAGCUGAAUACGACGAAGAAGAAAGAAGAUCUAGCACCGCCCCCUCCACCCCCGAAACCUGGCGGACCCCCACCGCCACCACCACCUGGGGCACCCCCGCCCCCAGGUGCACCACCCGCGCCUGGAGCACCCGGUGCUCCACCACCACCCCCAAAUUUGCCUUUUGGCGGCGCCGGCCUGAAGGUCAAGGCAAGACAUCAAACAAAAUACCGUCUCCCCGUGUUGAACUGGCAAGCUUUGAAGCCCACCCAAGUCGCCGGAACCAUCUUCAACGACUUGGACGAUGAAGGAGUUCUCAGCCAAAUCGACAUGAGCCACUUUGAGGAAAUGUUCAAAACGCGAGCUCAAGACACAGAAGCUGACAGAGAGCGAAUGGAGAGGCUCGCUAGAAUUCAGGCGCGACGAGGAACGACCCUCAUUGACACCAACAGAGCUAGAAACUUGGCCAUUACUCUCAGAAAAAUUGGUCUCGAUACUGAAAGUAUUUGCAAAGCUGUCUACAAUUAUGAUCUGACAGCGCUGCCUCUGGAUUAUGUUGAAAUGUUGCCGAAUUUCAUUCCCAACGAUACGGAAAUGAAAGCCAUCAAGAAAUACGAACGAGAUGGCAAGGACAUUUACGCGCUCUCAGAAGAAGAUCAGUUUAUGUGGGUCUUCGGGCGAGUCGAACGUCUACAGCAGCGUCUCAGAGUCAUGAUUUACAUUGGUAACUUUGCCGAUCACACUCGAACUAUCGGACCACAGCUCAAAGCGAUUAUCUCCGCGUCAAUGUCGAUCAGAAACUCGGAAAAACUCAAGAAAAUCUUGGAAAUCAUCCUCGCCUUCGGAAACUACAUGAACUCCGGAAAACGAGGGUCAGUUUACGGUUUCAAGCUCACUUCUCUCGAAGCGCUUGUGGAAACAAAAUCGACGGACAAAUCGCAGAACUUGUUGCAUUACAUUUGCAACGUUGUUCACAGCUACUUUUCGGAAUUCGCCGAUUUCAUGCUUGAAAUUCGCUAUGUCGAGCAAGCCGCAAAAGUUUCUCUCGAUCAGGCCGUUCGGGAAGUUCAAGACCUCAAGAAAGGAAUGGACACGACGCGCAAAGAAUACGAAGCGCAUCAAAACCAAGUUCUUGGAGCUUUCCUCGCCGAGGCCGGAAACCGCGUCGAAGCGCUGGAACAAGACGCAUUGGAGGCCCAGGAGGCUUUCCGAAAAUGCGUCGUGUACUUUGGAGAGACGUCCAAAACCAUGCCUCCUGAUACUUUUUUCCCCAUGUUCGAUCGUUUUAUCAAAGCGUAUGAUAAGGCAGAGAACGAUUUGAAGAAGUGGGAGAUGAUUCAAAAGAAGAAAAUCGAAAAACUCGAAGCGGCGAGAACUGCGGCCAUGGAGCAGCAAAAGGCUGAAGAGCAACAAGCGGCGAAACAGCAGUCGGAGAAAGACAUGAUUAAUGAUAUCAGAGAAAACAGACGGCGAGAUAGAAGGGCCCCUGCCGAUGGCGCUUUGGAAGCGAACAUGAAGCAGCUGGAGAAAGAGCCCUACCGCCGCGCCGACGCCGUGUCCAGGAGCUUCCGAAGACGGCAAAACAAAAAAGGACGUUUCGGAAACCUAGAAUUAGUCAAAGAAUCAUUUCCUUGCACUUAUUUCGCGUUGAUUUGUUACGAUGACGGAAAACAUGGAGGUUAUGGAGGCGUUCAAACGCUCGACUCUGGGAAACAUGCGCUGAUUUUUUCCGUUUGGGAUGGGCCUGACAAGAAAACAAAGGCAGUGAAAUCCUCCAGCGUUGAUUUCGGAGGAGAAGGAACCGGGCAAAAGUGUCUGGUCGAGUUUCCCUGGAAAAUCGGAGAAACAGUCACUCAACAGAUCAGUGCGAAAAAAGUAAACGCAGGUGGCAAGGAGGAAACCUGGCAUAUUUCAUCUUCAUUUUCCAUUUCUGGCGAGGAGAAGUUCAUAGCAACUUAUGAGUGGAUUGGCUACGGAAAUCCAACGAAGGGGCCGGAGUUUUAUAGCUUUAUUGAAGAUUGGGACAGAAGAGACGGGAAAACUGGCCAUUUGAACUGUCGCAAGGCAGAUUUCUUCGACGCGUCAGUCGAAGUCGAUGGCGUUUCUCAUCCGGCCGUCAAAAAGGCUUUCACGAAGGUAGAACACGGGCCGGAAAGACUGAGCAUGCACAAAGUAGUUCAAAGUGCGUCUACUUGUGGAUCUUGCUGUACCAUGUCUACUGGGCAUUCCGACUAA